CCCAACCCGCCAACAUGGCCACCGGGGUCCUUUCCUACCGCGGCUCGGCCAUGUUCCGCAUGCGCCUCGUCACAGCCACACUGACAGGCAAGUCUGUUCUCAUUGAAGACAUCCGCGUCGACGAGCAAGAGAUUGGCCUCCGUGACUACGAAGCCGGCCUGCUUCGCUUGCUGGAAAAGGUGUCGAACGGAUGCCGUGUGGAGAUCAAUGAGACCGGUACCUCUGUUCUGUAUACGCCUGGUGUGCUGACCGGAGGCAAGUUCUCCCAUGACUGUGCUCUCUCCCGCGGCAUUGGCUACUACGCAGAGGCGCUGUUUGUUCUGGGGCCGUUCUGCAAGAAGCCGAUCUCCGCCGUCCUCCGCGGCGUCACCAACGAGAGCCUCGACACUUCUGUCGACGUCCUUCGCAUGGUCGUCGUCCCCGUCCUCCGCACUUUUGGCCUCGAGGCCGACGCUUUUGUGCUCAAGAUCAACAAGCGCGGCGCCCCGCCCGGCGGCGGCGGCGAGAUCAAGCUCACCAUUCCCACGGCCAAGGCUCUGAGUCCCGUGCUAAAGGUGGCUGGCGGCGAGAUCCGCCGCAUCCGUGGCGUCGCCUACACAACCCGCCUCUCACCGCUCUUUGCCUCGCGCAUGGUCGACGCCGCAAAGUCGGUCCUCGUCGACUACAUGGCCGACGUCUUUAUCUACACCGACCACUACAAGGGCUCCGGCGGCGGCGCCUCGCCGGGCUUUGCCAUCUCGCUCGUCGCAGAGUCGGAGACCGGUGCCCUCCUCCCCGCAGAGCUCACCGCCUCAAAGGGCGACAUGCCCGAGGCCAUCGGCGAGGCCGCGGCUCUCCUACUGCUGGAGGAGGUCGCACGCGGCGGCGCCAUCGCUACCGUCAUGCAGCCGCUCGUUCUCAUGUACAUGGCCUUUUCAUCAGAAGACGUCUCUGCCGUUCGCUUCGGCACCCUCUCCAAGUACGCCAUCUCGGUCCUCCGCCUCAUCCGCGACUUUGUCGGCGUAGUCUUCAAAAUCGAGGCCGACCGCACCACAGAGACCGUCUUGCUCUCAUGCAUGGGUUCAGGACACGCGAACACUGCCCGCGUCGUGCAAUAAACCAUUACUCGCCGCUCUC